GCCGGUUCUGGCAGAAGUAGCCUUCCGAGAGUAUCCGGUUCUAUAGCUCAAUUCAAGCUGUAGCAGCUUUCUUCAGUGGUCGAGCUAAUAUGCGGUUGAGCAUCAUUACCAGAGGAAAUAUACCGUGGCGGACGCACAGGUGCUACUACCGCGCGUGUUCUAGGCAGGAGCAUCGUUGGUUUCUCUGGUAGCGUCGGGUCCGAGGGUAUACCGGUUCUUCCCGGUCCACUUGUGAUUUGCCCGGUUGAACUGAAGAGCUAAACCACAGCGACCUCAGCACACUGGGCUGUCCUUGAGUCGAUGCCACUGAUCUCUGGAAAUAUCGAAGGAGCCAGGCCGCUAUUGCUCAUUCUUGAAUGCUGCGCAUCUGGAGCCAAGGUGUAUAGACGAAACCCAUCUCAACAGCUCCGUCCUAGCUGUAUCCCCAUCCUUGUCUGCAAACCCUCUUUGAUCCGAAUCGUUCUUCUCAUACCUGGCGAUACUGCGGCUAAUACCUUGUCAAGGGAAUUCGGCAUUUGUACCGGAAAACCCAAGUUAGUAUUGUUAUUCCUUAUUCCGCGUGGCCGUCUUCGUUGGUUGGGUUGCUAUCAAAUCUGGCUUGUUUGUGUGACUCGACGGGAUCAGGAUCAGUUGCUGCCUGGAAUUGGUAUUCUGGGUAUUUUCCCGCUCGCGGCGAAGACUUCUUUCGAGGUCAACGCGAGCACCAACUCUAAGAGCCGGCCCAUAACUGAAAAUACUGCAGAAGGCGCCAGGUUUGGCCGGGGAAUUCACCCUAUCAUGCCCAUCCACUCAAUUCGAUCGGACGCUCGAGCGGUAGUGUAUAGCCUUGGAGUCUCAGCAGCAACGAUUAGGGCCAUAGGACCGACGCUGAUCGACGCCUUCGAGGCAUUUGCUCAAGGGAAUACGAACCGAAAAAAAAGCCGAGAAGGUAUGAUGCCUGCUGGCUCUCAGCCAUGGGAUCUGCUUCUUCGACCAAGUCGAACCGGAUAGGACGGUCGUUAUACUUGAUUGGGUAAGGUUGGUGUAGGUGACGUUGAUGAGAGUGGCGUGCAAGACGCCCAUUUGGCGAGACGGAUAUGCUGAGUCCCGUGGGGAUUCGGCUCUUCCAGUGAAUGGCUAGUGCCAGCUCAGUUGUCUCUCGAGGGUAACACAGAUAGGAGCUCGCGAGUGUGUUCAGAAGGAGAGCAUAUCAACAGUUGACGGA